CUCAGUCCAACUGAGUUGACAAAAAUUAACUCAGGUCCACUGAUCUGAGCACACCACAGUUCCAGCAUCAUUAUCUGAAACUGGUUUCCUCGUUUCUUCCAGAGGAUUCGAGUACUAUGGCAAGAACUGUGUCUGACAAGAGCCAGUAUUUUAGGCUUGUUGAGAUCCCUGACAGUAAAGAUAAACGUUUCAAAGAGUUUGGUGCAAACUCAACCACGAGCCUGCAUUUGCUCCUGAGGUAUCCUUGAGGAUGGGCUGCCAGUGCCCAGGCACUUAGGCUAUCUGCUGUAGGAGCGUGGAGAGAUUAGGAAGGUGCUUUUGAAAAUGGAAUAUGUUAUUCUAUACAGACUUACAUUUAUUGUUUGCAUUUCCUAAUUUUUACCUUCAGGCCUCUGGAUAUGCAUUUUUGCAAGAGGUUAAAUGAUAAAAAAUAGUCUUGAGUGUCCACACACAGCCUUGUGUGCUGCCUGGUGAAUAUUUAAGUGACCUAUCUAGAGCAAGCACUUUUACUGCACACAGUAGGCAAAUGCAGAGGGAAACAGAAGACCUGUCCGUGUGACAAUUAUACAUCUGUCCCUAUAUGUGUAAUCCACCCUCUCAGCCUGAUAAACAAGAGCCUGUGUGGGGGUUUUGAACAGAAGGUGGCCAUCACCUUCUGAUCUGAGUAUCUCUCUUCAAACGCUUCACCUCGCCUGUAAAGCAGCUCUCCUGCUCACUGCCAUGUCCACUCCGCUGGAGGAUGCCAUGAACACCUUCAUCAGGAUUUUUCAUCACUACUCUGGCAAAGAAGGUGACAGAUACAAGCUGAGCAAAAGAGAACUCAAGGAACUCCUCAGCAGGGAGCUCACUGACUUCCUUUGUGGCCAAAACGAUCCUCACCUUGUUGAUAAGAUUAUGAACGAUCUGGAUUCCAAUAAAGACAAUGAAGUGGAUUUUAAUGAAUUUAUGACUCUGGUUGCAACUCUGACUGUGGCUUGUAACGAUUUCUUUGAAGAACAGCUAGAAGAAGGAUUUUAAUGAUGCCAGAUACAGUCGGUCUUCUGGUCACAAAUGCAAUGAGCCACGACUAGCUAGGUAGUGCUCAUCAGCAUUUGGUGAACACAAACCAUCAUCACUCCAAUUGCUACUGCUGUAAGACUCUUGUGGACCAGAUCAGCAGCUGGUGUAAGCUGGACCAAAGGCAGCUUACACUACCUGAGGUCUGGCUGUUAGUAUUUUCAGCCUUUGCACUGCUGUAAUACACCUUUGUCAGUUCCCUGGUCCAGGCCUGGGGUGGCAGACUGUUUGGCAGGAGUUAAGAUUUCUAUUUCAUAACUGUUGGUGGGGUAUAAAAGGAACAUUAAUGUUACUUAAAUAGCUUCUGAGAUGGAAAAUCUGGAAUGAGUUGUAAAACUUGCAAUUGAGUUUUCAGUCAUUCUGUGACAGGCAUCUUUCUACAGGUCACAAAAUUGUUUGGUUCUUAACCAGUUCUGCUCAUUCUAACCCAGUUGUUGGAUGCUGCUCUGUACUCCCUGCACUCCUGUAUUUCAGACAUGGCCACAGCUCCCUUCAUCCACCCAAGCAGAUGGCACUGUGUGCCAUGGUUAUGGGUUCGUUUUCCCCACCUCCCCAGCUUCCAUUCUGUUGUGUGGGCACUACUGCAAUCUCAGCAGUCCAGCUCUUCAUUCAGCACAAAUUAAUUUGUUCAUAUGAUAAAUUAUUCAAAUGCAUAAGGGAUUUAGUCAGCGAGCUGCUCUGAAUGCUGAUGGAAGAACCAGGUCUUCAGGGGAAAGGUAAAUGCCUGCUGCCUUCACUAAUCUGGCACCCAUAAGAGAAGGGUUUUAGAGGACCACUUGUGGAGGAUGUCAUGAUGAGAUCCCAGGGUACAGCUUCAUCAUGUGAGUCAUCUGAUGGAAUAAUGACUUCAUCUCAUGCAGAUCCAAAUCCCUACAUCAGUGUGGCACAGAAGGAGGCAGUGGGACUCCCUGGCCAGGCAUGGAUGGAGAAGGACGAUCCAUUUCAGUGCUAAUCUGUCCACGGACUUAAAUACAUCUAUAUCAAAAUUCCUGCUUAAACAUUCUUCCAAAUGUCUGCAGUCCUCAGUGGCAGGUUGUCAUGCUUUUGCUUUGCAUGGAGAGCUCUCUUUGUUCUUGUUGUUCUGUUAGUAGUUCAAACUGUAAUAAAAGGUGUUUGAAUAAAGUCAGGAUGUUCUGUUUGUG